AUGGACGCCCACGUGCUGCGGUACGGCCAAAAGGUGCGGCUUGCGACUCGCUCCGCCUACGUAGAGGGCAAUGGGUCUGCUGCAUCAGAGCUGGGCAUUGGAUACUACGAGAAGAACGGACGUCACGGGAUCUUGAGCUGCGUGCCGCCACUUGGCCCCAAGCUCCAGCAGCUCUUCACAGAGGACGAAUUCCAGGUGCUACACCCGACUGAUCAACGCUCUCAAGGGGAUACUGUGCUCUACGGAGAGCCAUUAGUACUCAUAAACCAGCGCGGUAUGGUCUGGAACAACAAAACUGGCGGUAUUACCGGAUACGUGGGGCCCAGACCUCGCAAUGUGCCUGGAGAGAUUUUCGUAUGCUUUACGAAAGUCCCAGCGGGUGUCGGAGUGACGAAGAAUAAGAAAGACAAAGGAGAUAAACUCGACAAACUGGCGUCUUUUGCAUCCACGUCAGCGCUGUCAGCGUCGGGAAGCUUAUCCAUGUCUGAGACGCCCGAAACGGAGAGCGGCCCAGUGUGCUUUGGUGACAGUAAUGUGGCCAUUACGGUAGUGGAGUCUAACCGCCACUCGCAGAUGUUCAACAAAAGACUCAGCAACUUUAAAAAGCCUACGAGUAAAAUUGCCGGUGGCUACAUUUGCUGCGACGGCAAAGGGACAGAGCUGAGGUUCGCUAUCUGGCCGACCAAGCCCAAAAUCGACCAGAUUUCCAUGCUGAACAAGCUUAUUGCUCCGUACAAUUACGGCCAGAAGAUUGCACUGCCUUUGGGACUACUGGAGAGCACGGCCAGGAGGACGAAUACCGGUAAUAUCAAUUGUAAGAAGGCGGUAGCGGAGAUUACCUUCCACUUGUCAAACGGCGCGGAGGCGGUACUGCCUGGUACGUUGCUGCAGCAGAAAAUAGCGACACAUGCGAAACCUCUUGGACCUGGUGGAGACGAACACGAGUCCGUUUUUGAGCUGCCAUUGAGAAAUGGACCUGGCGAGCUAUUGGUGCGACUUACCGGCAUUGCACCUCGCAAGAUAAUGCGACAACUUGCCGCCAAGAAUGAGAAACCCCCUUCAGCUCCAAAGAUCAAGCGCGGCAUGGCAGUUUUCUACCGUGUUUCCGACCUACUACGUCGCGUGCCUGUGCCGAUCUUCGCACUGUUCUACGCAGUGCUGACUCACCACCUUUAUGGCGCUCUCAACACUAUGGAAGAUGGUCUACGUCGCGAGCUGGUUGUCCUGGUUUUGGUGAUGCUUCCUGCAUUCUACGUCGCAGUUAAAGUAGAUCACCCGUUCUCGUCACUCUUCCAGCCUCCGGUUUUUGAGCCAGAGGUGGACCACACGGAGUAUUCAAGUCCUACAGCUAGCGGUACACUGAAGCUCAUCGUGACUGAAUACCGCUUUGUUCCUGGGGCUCAAACAGCCAGCGCCAAUGGAAGCGCUUGUCGUCCAAGUUCUUCCCAAGCUAACGGAGUAGUUACCACUCACUCGGUUACUGCCUUAGAGACCACAGGUUCAGUCCUUAAGAGAUUUAUUCUCGCUGAAAAAGGAGAUGAAGUGAAGGCAUUGGAACGCUACAAUGAGACUACCGAGUGGCGACGCGAAGAAGGUGUGGAUCGGCUUCUUGAAGAACCCAGUCCGCAUUUCAAGAUUAUCAAGGAGAACUACCCUCACUACUACCACAAACGCGGUAAAAAUGGGGAGCCAGUGUACUACGAGAAACCGGGAAAGAUCAAUUUAAAGGCACUGAAGAGUGCGGGUCUCACUCUGGACGAUCUGAUGCACAACUACCUCAUGAUCACGGAAUUCUUGUGGCAAGUGAUUGAACAAGACGAUAACCGUAAAGGGAUAUCGGUAUUAGAUGUGAAUGGUAUCGGUAUUUCGGACUUUGCUGGAGAAGCGGUCGAGUAUGUUCGUAAAGCUGCCUCCGUGUCGGGCAAGCACUACCCUGAGCGUUGUGCUUACAUCUUUGUGAUCAAUGUGCCAUCGUGGUUCAGUAUGAUCUGGAACACAGUCAAAGGAAUGGUAGACGACGUGACUCGAGAGAAGGUGAUCAUUGUUCGUGGUAAGAAGAAGAUAUUUGAAGCGUUGUCGGAACGUAUUCCAGUGGAGAAUAUCCCUGUGGAAUACGGUGGAACAAGCGACGGGAACUCUCCAGAAGAAGAUCUGCUGUUCAACCUCAUGGCUUACGUGAACAAUGACGAAGACGCUCCGGCAUCGAACCCCAUUGAAGAGAUUCUUAAGAAGAAGCCCAUCAAGCAUUGA